AUGGAUUAUUUGGAUCCUAAUGAAAAGGAAUACAAGAAAAAGAGGAUUGGUGCAAGUAUAGAACUGGGAACAACAAACUCCGGAUAUUGUUAUUCUUAUUACGAACAGUUUUGGUACGACCCUGUUGGAAGUAUCUCUCUAAAUACGUGGUAUUCGUCAGAACUUGCAACUUCAAGAACCGGCACAGAAAUUCUUUUAGAUAAAAACUUGAAAUGCAUAGCCUUUGGAUAUGACGCUGAAAUCUUGUAUUCACAAAGGGAUGCAGAGAAAAUUCAAGAAGAAUUCUACUUCUUUUCAAAAUUUAUUAAAGACCUGUCGGAAUAUUUUAAGAAGGAUAAAAUAACAUCAAAGCAUGUUCUUCGUGAUGUUCAUAAGCAGAAGCAGUUUGAUGCCAUGGAGAUUGUGGCUAAAGCGAUAGAAUAUAUGAUGGAAGAGAUUUUCAAAGACAUAAAAAAUAGUGGCUAUACAAAAGAAGAAAUCAGAAUGCACUGGGUUCUUACUGUAUCAUCAUUGUGGAACAACAAAGGAAAACAAUUUUUGUGUGACUGUGCAACAAAGGCUGGUAUAAGCCGACAGGCACUUUUAAUUGUGACGGAAGCUGAUGCAUUGGCGAUGUACAGUAGGUAUUCAGGUAUAUGGAAAUCGAACACUAAGGAUGUAUUUAAUUGUGGAACUAAAGUCAUGGUACUUGAUGUUGGAGGUAGUGUUAUGAAUGUGACAGUACAUGAGGUUGACUUUAAUGGAUCGCUUAAGUUACUGAAUGUUAAUCAGUCCAUUGACUGCGGUGGAAACGAUGUUGAUAAUAAGUUCAAGAAAUUGUUGAGCAUUAUCGCAGGAGAACAGAAACUUGGAGAGUACGAGAGAGAAUUCACAUCUGAUUAUCUUGAAAUUUUUAGGGCCUUUGAAAAUAGAAAAAGACAAGCUACAUCAGGGAGAAAAUCAGUACUAAUAAAGUUACCUUUAACUUUUAUGGAGUUUUGUAAAAGACAUAAUAGGGACAUGAACAAAUUUCUUGAACAGAAAUUUGGAAAUUCUGUAAGGUGUUAUCGAGAUAAUCUCAAAAUCGAAAAUACAGAAUUUGAAAAACUAUUCGAAGAUACUGUGAAGAAACUUGUAAAUGAAGCUGAAGAUAUUUACAUAAAAGAAUCGGACACUAAAUUAAUUUUGAUGGUUGGAGGCUUUUCAAAUUCAUACUUAUUACAGAAAAGGAUGGGUGACGCAUUCUCUAACAAAUGCCAUAUUUUGUUUGAGGACAAUCCAGAAGUUGCUGUAUUAAGAGGCUCUGUGCUGUAUUCACACCAACCCCAUGUGUACCAGAUGGUCGAAAAAGGUGUAAUUGUGUGAAAUUCAAGUCAUGUUUAAAUUCAACAAACAA